AAGCGGAGGCUGCUUUUCCGCCUCCGUGUGGGAAGCUACCGAUGCCGUCCUCAUUCCCAUCCACGGCCAUGGCUUCCUCCUCCUCCUCCACAUCGGAAAAUCCCCGGAUCUCCGAUCAUUUAGCGCUGGCGACGGCUCCGAUCUCGGGGAGGUUGGCGGUGACCGCGUGUGCGGCCAUGGCAUUCUUCUACGUCGCGAUACUCUACUUUCCUACCCUAAUACUUCGCCUUCCUCCACCGGCCUCGCUCGAAAGCUUCAUGAUCCGGCGGUUCGCCUGCGCUGUCGUCUCCUCUGCAGUCUCUGUAAUCUCCUGCCUCUUCCUCCUCGGACUUGGGAGACUCGACGAUUUUCCAACAAUUCUGGGUGUUCUUGGGAUCAGGCGCGACCACUUGUGGCAAGCUGCGGUCUUUCCUAUCCUACUGACAUCCUUGAUAUAUGCCGGGUCAUUCGUUUCAAAGUCAUGGAAGCUUGUCAGUAGAUGGAAAGAUGAAGGUAGAGAAAAUUCUUUCUGCAGUGUUGGAAUUUAUGGGCGUAGAUGUAAAGAUUGGGUCUGUGCAUACGCGCGGAAUGUUAUGGCUUGGCGUAACUAUGUGGUGGCACCAAUCACUGAAGAGCUUGUUUUCAGGGCCUGUAUGAUACCAUUGCUUCUCUGUGGAGGAUUUGGAACUUAUAGUAUUGUAUUUCUCAGUCCAAUUUUCUUUAGUUUAGCUCAUUUAAAUCAUUUUUUGGAGCUCUACUACCAGCAAAAAUAUAGCUUUAUGAAGGCUUUCCUGAUUGUAGGACUCCAGCUUGGUUAUACCGUGAUAUUUGGAUGGUACACAUCUUUUCUCUUCAUUCGAACAGGGAGCCUAAUAUCUCCCAUUGUAGCGCAUAUAUUCUGUAAUGUGAUGGGUCUGCCCGUGUUGUCAUCUCCAAGGACGAAAGGGACUGCAACUAUAGCUGCUGCAGCUGGUCUGGUUGGUUUCUUGUAUCUUUUGUUUCCAGCCACAAAUCCAGAUAUGUACAAUCAACUGAGAGAUGGCUGCCGCUGUUGGCACCGUUAUUGUGGUUGGAGUUGAUAUCGAAGUUGGUUUGUAGGAAUGAUGGGGCCUUUACAAGUCAUCUAAUAGAAUUUAAGAGCCCCUGCGACAUCUGAUCAGACAACAAGAACGGUCAAAACACUAUUUGAUUCCUUGGCUCAUAACCAGAGGUUGGUUUCUAGCAGCAGUAGGACAUCCUGAUGGGACUUCGAACUCGAGAUCAUAUGACGUGUUGCGGGCGAUGGUCAACCUCAUCCGGAGAAACCAAAUGUCAUAGACUCCCAUUGGAUGCAAUCUUGCGCUGGUGCGCCGCCUUCUUCGCUUACUCUUUAGUCUUUUUGUUCUCCAAAUCCGAGUGACAUGUAUCCAUCCUCGACCAAUCAUCCAAGCCUCACUUCAUCUUAAAUUAAAGACAUUAUUUCAGAGAAAAGACUUACCCCCUCCUGCGAUCCAAUCAUAAAAGCCAUUGAUAAUAAUAGCACACGGAUAUCAAGAAGUUCUUCGCUAGUGUUCUGAGCUACCACCAACCUAACUGGGUUGUCACUUGUUCUUCUGGGUUUGCAUAGUUUCCUGUGAUUGCACAUGUAGGAUUCAGACUUGUUGGUUUAUACAUCCUUGCUCGUUACUAAUCACAUGCUGCACCUUUCGUCCAUUCACAAAGGUGUAGCUCAUUGAUGUUAUCUGAUGA